CCUCUUCCGAUUCAACGGCCUCUCGCUGGUCUACCUUCUCUACCUCCUGCUCCUGCCGUGGUUCCUGGGCCCCACGGAAGACACCAUCCAAGGUCACACUGGACGCCUCCUCCGAGCUGUCUUAGGAACCAGCAUCCUUUUCCUUCUCGCUCAUUUGGUCUUCCAAAUAUGCCUUUACACUGUGCCCGACUUGGACCAGCUCCUCGGAAGCAACUGCAGCACAUGGGAAACUCUGGCUCAGCACAUUGGGGUCACCAGGCUGGACCUAAACGACAUCCCCAAUUCGGUGCGCUUGGUAGCCCCCGACCUGGGCAUCCUGCUGGUCUCUGCCAUCUGCCUUGGCGUUUGCAGCCGCUUGCAGCCAGUCAGGGAGGUCAUCCCCUGGAGUCGCCCGUCCGAAUGCCCCCUCCCCCAAGAACAGGAAGAAGCAGCCAUUGAUGAGGGCCACUCAAAGUCCCACGGAGGGACUGACUCUCAGGCCCCAGGCUCGCCAAGGCGACGGACACAGCUGGCUGCUCGGCUCCGGGUAAAGGCUCACGGGCUCUUGAUGGCCGUUGGAAAGAUCUUGGCUGUUGUGUUAAUUGCCCUGGCAGGGAUCACCUUGCCCUCGGCCUUCUCCAGUGUCUACUACCUGCUGUUUGUGGGCCUCAUGACCUGGUGGGCCUGCCACUUCUCCAACAGCCAGCUGGCCUUCAAUGCUUUGUGCAUCAUGGUGGAUAUCUUUGCUGGCGGCCACCUCAUUUGCCUGUACAGCUACCAGACCCCCUUCAUGCAGGAAACCCUUCCGCCCGCUGGCCUCUGGGCACGAUUGUUUGGGUUGAAGGCCAUCAUCCUCCCUGUUGGCUGUAACCAGACCAACAAGCUGCUGCUGGAUGUCAACCACCCCUGGCCCGUCUAUGCCAAUCCAGGCAUCCUCUUGCUGCUCUGUUACCUUUUGGCUACCUUGGUGAAGCUCCGAAGGUUGCACUUCUCUGAACAGAGGGAUUCCGAGUCUUCAACCUCAGAGCUUCUGGAGCUGGAAAACCGGCCAAAGAACAAAGACCACCUGCCUGAAGAUGCCAAGCCGAUGCUGGUCCAGGAGUCUGAGGCUUCUGGGACAGAGGACCCCACCGUGCAUGGAAUGGAGGAAACCGAUCACUCAGCCCUCCGGAAACGGAAGCCUCCCCGGGAGAAGAUGCAGCUGCUUCAUUCCUUGGGCCACGUCGUCCUGAAGCAGAGCUACGUUUGCGCCCUCAUCGCCAUGAUGGUGUGGAGCAUCACCUACCACAGCUGGCUGACCUUCGUGCUGUUGCUCUGGGCGUGCCUCAUCUGGAUCGUGCGCAACCGGCACCACUUCGCCAUGCUCUGCUCACCCUUCAUCCUUCUCUACGGCGUCGCCCUCUGCAGCCUGCAGUAUGUGUGGGGCAUGGACCUGGAGCCCGAGCUGCCCACCAAGGUCGGCUUCAUGCCCCUGGACCAGCUGGGGCUGGUGCGGCCUCCCUACCCCUGCCUGGACCUGGGGGCUAAGCUCCUUUACACCUUGACCUUUUGGCUUCUGGUGCGACAAUUUGUGAAGGAGAAGCUGCUGAAAAAGAAACCUCUUCCUGCCCCUCUGAUGGAAGUGAUGGUUAUCGAGGCAGAGCCAGACCCCAAGCACGAUGUCCUGAAAGUCCUGGGCAACCAUGUGAAGGGCUUCUACGCCAAAUUCUGGAUCUUAGUCUGUGCAGGCAUGUUCAUUGUGGUCAGCUUUGCUGGACGGCUGGUGGUCUACAAAAUUGUCUACAUGUUCCUCUUCCUCUUGUUCCUCACCCUCUUCCAGGUUUACUACGAUCUCUGGCGGAAACUCUUGAAGGCCUUCUGGUGGUUUGUGGUGGCUUACACCAUGCUGGUCCUUAUAGCCGUUUACACCUUCCAGUUUGAGGACUUCCCCAUGUACUGGAGGAACUUCACCCAUUUGACCGAUGAACAACUGGGUGACCUUGGCUUGGAGCAGUUCAGUGUCACGGAGCUCUUCUCCAGCAUCUUCAUCCCUGGCUUCUUCCUGCUGGCCUGUAUCCUUCAGCUCCACUACUUCCACCGGCCGUUCAUGCGCAUCACUGAUCUGGAGCGCGUCAUCUCACCACGGAAGGGAGAGAUUAGUGGGAGGCAGGAGCUGCUCCAGGCUGAAGGUGGCAUAGGAGAAGACCCUGAGCCAACUGAUGACGUUGAUGCCUCUUCUGAAGAGGGUGUACCCAGCAAGUGGGGCCUGGUGCUGCAGCGUCUCUCGGUGUUGGGGAGGAGCUUCUCAGACAUCCUUGGCCACAUCCGGGUCUUUGUCCUGCGCCUGCUGGAGCUGCACAUUCUGAAGUUGGUGGCUCUGUACAUCCUGUGGGUUGCUUUGCAGGAGGUGUCGGUGAUGAACCUGCUGCUGGUGGUGCUGUGGGCCUUCGCAGUGCCCUACAGCCGCUUCUGCCACAUGGCCUCCUGCCUCUCCACCAUCUGGGCCUGCAUCAUCAUCGUCUGUAAGAUGCUGUACCAGUUGAAGGUUGUCAACCCACAAGACUACGACAGGAACUGCAGCUUGCCUCUGCUCAAUGAGACCAACCUCCAGGCAGAGGAGAUCGGCAAUUCUACCCUCUACCAAGGCCCUGUAGACCCAGCAAAUUGGUUUGGUAUUCGCAAGGAAUAUCCCAACCUGGGUUACAUCCAGAACCACCUGCAGGUUCUGGUCCUGCUGGUUUUUGAAGCGGUGGUGUAUCGAUGCCAGGAAUACUAUCGCAAGAAGCACCAGCUGGUGCCUCCGCUCACCCAGACCGUCUUUGAAGAUGCAACACGCCAGAACCUAGAUCAAGGCUUGCUGAACUGCGUCAAGUACUUCACCAACUACUUCUUCUACAAGUUUGGCCUUGAGAUUUGCUUUCUAGUGACAGUGAACGUGAUAGGCCAGCGCAUGAACUUCAUGGUGAUCUUCCAUGGAUGCUGGUUGGUUGUCAUCCUGACCCGGAGGCGACGUCAGGCCAUUGCCAAGCUCUGGCCCAAGUACUGUCUCUUCCUGGCUCUCUUCGUCAUCUUCCAGUACCUUCUCUGCGUUGGGAUUCCUCCAGCUCUCUGCAUUGAUUACCCCUGGAGGUGGAGCCCCACGCUUCCCAUUACCUCCGUUCUCAUCAAAUGGAUGUACUUGCCCGACUUCUUCACGAAACCCAAUUCGCUCAAUCUCAUGAGUGACUUCCUCUUGCUCCUCUGCGCGUCUCAGCAGUGGAAAGUUUUUGUCAACGAGCAAACGGAGGAAUGGGUGCAAUUGGCUGGGGACAACCGGGAGCAGCUGGAGCCCCUGCAGGGGCAGGCAAACCCCGUGCCCAAUUUUGUCAACUGCAGGUCCUACCUAGACAUGGCCAAGGUGUGUGUGUUCCGCUACCUCUUCUGGUUCGUCUUGGUCAUUGUCUUUGUCGCUGGGGCCAACCGCAUCAGCAUCUUUGGCCUGGGCUACCUGAUGGCCUGCUUCUACCUGCUGCUCUUUGGCACCACCAUGUUGCGCUGGUCCCUGCGUGCCCGGCUGAUCCUCUGGGACUGCCUGAUUCUCUACAACGUGAUGGUGAUCAUUGCCAAGAAUAUGCUCUCGCUCCUCUCCUGCGUCUUCGUCCAGCAAAUGCAGAACAACUUCUGUUGGGUCAUUCAGCUCUUCAGCCUGGCCUGCACCGUCAAGGGCUACUAUGACCCCAAGGAUGCGGCCAACAACCAGGACUGUGUGCUGCCUGUGGAGGAAGCCGGCAUCAUCUGGGACAGCAUCUGCUUCGUCUUCCUGCUCCUCCAGCGCAGGGUCUUCCUCAGCUGCUACUUCCUGCAUGUCUGGGCUGACCUCAAGGCCUCGGCCCUGCAGGCCUCCAGGGGCUUCGCCCUCUUCAAAGCCAGGAUGGUCAAGCAGAUGAUGGCUCACCACCAGGCUGAGAAGAAGUCCUUGGUCCAACUGAAGCGGCAGAUGCAACGGAUCCGAGCCAAGCAGGAGAAGUACCACCAGGGACAGCUGGCCAGGGACUCGGAAGAGGCCACGGAGGCAGACACGCCAGCCUCUGGUGCCAAGAAGGACCCUGGCCAGCAAAGGAAGCGCUGGUGGCGCCCGUGGUUGGAUCAUGCCACAGUGCUGCACUCGGGGGAUUACUUCUUGUUUGAGACGGACAGCGAAGAGGACGAAGAAUCACCUGUGGAGGAUCCAAAGCCCCCAAAACAAAGCGCCUUCCAGCUGGCCUACCAGGCCUGGGUCACCAGCACGAGAACGGUGCUUCGUAAGCAGCGGCGCCAGGAGAAAGAGGAACAGGAGACGGAUCCAGCUGAAGGCACCUCUUCCCCAGGGGAGGGGACCAAAGAGGAGACUCCCCCAGGUGAAUUGCCAGAUGAGAGACACAGCCAGGAGGAGGAGGAAGAGGAAGAGGAAGAGGAGGAAACUCCAGGCAAGAGCAACGUUCUGCAGCGGGGACUGAACGCCCUGCGCUUCCUGUGGGUGCUGUGCCAGGCGACGGUGGAGGGCUUGACCCGGUGGCUGAGGGCCCUCACCAAGGACCACGAGCACCUCUCCACCGUCCUGGGCCUGGAGAGGUUUGUGCUCACCCAGCAGCUGGACCAGGCAGAGGAGGUUCACAGAGGCAUCCUGGACAGGUUGUACCAGCCGCCCCCGCCGGCCGACAACACCUCGCAGGACACGGCCUUGCCUGGGACGGCAGGCGUAUCGCCCAACAGCAUGGCUUCCAGCGGCUGCGAUGGGGGAGAGGUUUUCAGUGCUGCCAGCACUGGCUACAACUCUCGAAGCGCCAGUGAGGAGCAAAUUCCAGCUGUGGAUCUUCCGGACAACGCAGGACUCCUUCCCAGCAACUCCCAGGAGCUGCUGACUUGUGCCAAGAGUCGCCCCCGCACUGCCAGCGAAUUGCUACUGAGCAGAUGUGUCUCUUUCGAAGAGCUGGAGGAAUCUGAGCAGUUCUACCACUCCCAAAACCGCUUUGUGCAGCUGCUGGUGGCCUGUUACCACUUUGUGGCUGGGCACUCGGACCUGCUGUGCUACUUCGUCAUCAUCCUCAACAACAUGGUCACAGCCUCGGUCAUCUCGAUCGUCCUGCCCAUCCUCAUCUUCCUGUGGGCCAUGCUCUCCCUCCCACGGCCCAGAAAGUCCUUCUGGAUGACGGCCAUCGUCUACACGGAGGUUAUGGUGGUGCUCAAGUACCUUUUCCAGUUUGGCUUCUUCCCCUGGAACAGCUACACCACCAUGGUGCGCUAUGAGGGGAAGCCUUUCUUUGCGCCUCGCAUCCUGGGCAUUGAGAAGACCGACAACUACAUCAAAUAUGACCUGAUCCAGCUCUUGGUGCUCUUCUUCCACCGCUCCCUGCUGCUGAGCUACGGCCUGUGGGAUCACGAAGAAGAGCUGCUGGCCAAACCUCAGCUGGAGUCAGAAGAAUCGCCAGAGGCGGCCAAAGGAAAGGAAGAGCCGGAGCCUUUGGCAUCGGCCAGCCCCGAGGAAGAGAUCGUGGUGUUGGAGGAGAAGACGGAGCCGGAGGUGAAGAAGGGGAUUCGUUCACGGUUCAGAAAGAAAAAGGAGGAGAAGAAGAAGAAGCAACUGAGCAAAUCUCCAGAGGAGCAAGGGGAGGCAGCCUCAGAGGUCCAGGAGCAGAAAGGAGAGGAGAAGGUGGUGGAGGAAGAGGAGGAGGAGAAGAAGAAGUCAGGGGCAUCCCGAGAAAAGCUGAAAGCUGCCAAACGCCAAGUGAAGCGCUUCUUUGAUUCUGCAAGAGAGCGCACCUUCCAGCCAGCCUGCCGGUUCUUCCAGGACAUCCUGCACAGCCAGUACCGCGCUGCCACGGAUGUCUACGCCCUCAUGUUCCUGGCUGAUGUGGUGGACUUCAUCAUCAUCAUCUUCGGCUUCUGGGCCUUUGGAAAACACUCGGCUGCAGCCGACAUCACGUCCUCCCUCUCUGAAGACCAGGUGCCCCAGGCCUUCCUGGUGAUGCUUCUGAUUCAGUUCUCCACCAUGGUGGUUGACCGGGCCCUCUACCUGCGCAAGAGCAUCCUGGGCAAACUCAUCUUCCAGGUCAUCUUGGUCUUUGGCAUUCACAUCUGGAUGUUCUUCAUUCUACCUGCUGUCACAGAGAGGAAGUUCAGCCAGAAUGCGGUGGCCCAGCUGUGGUACUUUGUGAAGUGCAUCUACUUCGGCCUCUCCGCCUACCAGAUUCGCUGUGGCUACCCCACCCGCAUCUUGGGGAAUUUCCUCACCAAGAAAUACAACUACCUGAACCUCUUCCUUUUCCAAGGGUUUCGCCUGGUGCCUUUCUUGGUGGAGCUGCGCGCUGUCAUGGACUGGGUCUGGACGGACACCACCCUGUCCCUCUCCAACUGGAUGUGUGUGGAAGAUAUCUAUGCCAACAUCUUCAUCAUCAAGUGCAGCCGUGAGACGGAGAAGAAGUACCCACAACCCAAGGGUCAGAAGAAGAAGAAGAUCGUCAAAUAUGGCAUGGGAGGCCUCAUCAUCCUCUUCCUCAUCUGCAUCAUCUGGUUCCCGCUGCUCUUCAUGUCCCUCGUGCGCUCCGUGGUGGGUGUGGUCAACCACCCCAUCGAUGUCACUGUGACCCUCAAAUUGGGGGGCUAUGAGCCCCUCUUCACCAUGAGCGCCCAGCAGCAGUCCAUCCAGCCUUUCACCCCGCAGGACUACGAACAGUUGACCAAUAAGUUUGAGCGGCAGCCGCUCGCCAUGCAGUUCAUCACCCAGUACGGCUACGAGGACGUUGCCUGGGCGCGCAUUGAGGGCAGCUCCGGAUCCCUGUGGAGCAUCAGCCCGCCCAGCCGUGAGCAGCUCUGGCAGGAGCUGCACAAUGGCUCCUCGGACAUCACUCUGCGCUUCACCUGGAACUUCCAAAGGGAUCUCAGCAAAGGAGGGAAAACGGAGUACACCUCCCAGAAGCACACCAUGGACCUGAGCCAGAAGAGUCUCGUGAGACAAAAUUUGGCUGGGAUGCUGCAGGGCACCCAUCGUGCCCCCGUGCGGAUAGCCCACCUCUUCCCACCCUACAUACGGGCGCCCAGCGGCCCCGAGGCAGACCCGGUUGAGCCCCUGCUCCCAGACGGAGAAGACAGCUACCUGGACGUGGAAGUGCAGCUGGAGCAGCAGCGGGUCAGGCCCGGGAACAGCAGCACCAGUUUCCUGGAGUGGUGGAUGAUCCAGCUGGCGGAGUGCCAGGCGGAGUGCCACAUCCUGCCCAUGGUCAUCUUCAGCGACAAAGUCAGCCCUCCCAGCCUGGGCUUCCUGGCAGGAUACGGGAUCAUGGGUCUCUACGUCUCCAUCGUGCUGGUGAUCGGCAAGUUCGUGCGAGGCUUCUUCAGCGAGAUCUCCCACUCCAUCAUGUUUGAGGAGCUGCCCUGCGUGGACCGCAUCCUGACGCUGUGCAGCCACAUCUUCCUGGUCCGGGAGACGGGAGAGCUGGAGCUGGAGGAGGAGCUGUACGCCAAGCUCAUCUUCCUCUACCGCUCGCCGGAGACCAUGAUCAAGUGGACCCGGGAGAAGGACUGAGCAGGGGAGGCCAGAACGGAAGGGAGCUCUCUUCGCCCCCAAAACAGCCCAGGGGGGAGGAGGUGCAGCCAGGCUGUGGACCCAGCCAGCUGCCGGUCCUGGACGCCGAGUCUUCCUACCCCCCCCCCCCCCCCCUCCCCCCCCGGACGCUCCGGGCGGGGCGGCCCCCCCCCCGUAACCGGGGCCACACCUGCAGCCCAAUGCAGCGGGGGGGGGGAGAGGGGGGAGACACAGGACACUUUUUGAAACACUUUCCCCUUUUUUACAAAAUCAAACGACACUACCGGCUCCCCCUCCUGGGCUCCUGCUUCCUUCCCCCUUGGCGACCAGGAGGCGUUUGGAAACGGCUGUCCUGCUGCCAAAAUGUCCAGAGCCCCCCCCCCACCUCUGCAGCCUCUGACCCUCCCUCCCUCUCUCCUCCCCUCUUGG